AUUGAAUAAUAUUAGAAAUGAAACUUGACGAGGCAAGUCUGAGAGGCCAAGCAGAGGUAUGGAAGUACAUGUUCAGCUUCGCGGAUUCCAUGGCCGUGAAAUGCGCGGUGGAGCUCCGAAUACCCGACAUCAUAAAGUCCAACGGCGGCCCGAUGAGUUUGGCUGAAAUAGUCGCCGCCUUUCCAAGGGCUUCUUCUCCAGACAUCUCCUGCCUCUCGCGCAUCAUGCGCCUCCUGGUCCGCCUAAAGAUCUUCACCGCCCGUCAAUCAUCAGACGGCUCCGGAGACAGCGCCACUCUCUACGGCCUGACACAGUCGUCGAGGUGGCUUCUGCGUGACACGUCAGAUGAUCAGCUGACUCUGGCACCGAUGCUCCUGCUAGAGAACCAUCCGUUGCUGAUGGCGCCGUGGCACUGCUUCAGCCAGUGCGUCAAAGAUGGUGGGCUUCCCUUGGAGAAGGCCCAUGGGCCCGAGAUAUGGGACUUCGUCACCGGGAACGGCGAGUUCAACAAGAUGUUCAAUCGGGGCAUGGAGUGUGCGUCCCGGAUCGUGAUGAGGGCGGUCCUGUCGGAAUACUACAAAGAUGGAUUCGGUUGUUUGGGAUCGUUGCUGGACGUUGGAGGUGGGACCGGUGGUGACGUGGCUCAGAUCGUUAAAUCCUGUCCGCACAUCAUCAAGAGCAUCAACUUUGAUCUGCCAGAUGUGGUCGCCAAGGCACCGGAGCAUCCAGGAGUUUCCCAUGUUGGGGGAGACAUGUUUAAGAGCGUUCCAAAUGCUGACGCAAUUUUCAUGAAGUGGAUAAUGCACGAGUGGAGCGAUGAAGAUUGUGUGAAGAUCUUGAAGAAUUGCCGGAAAGCGAUACCGGAGAAAAGCGGGAAAGUUAUUAUAGUGGACAUAGUUUUGGAGCCAGAAGGAACUGGGGUGUUUGAUGAGACAGGUUUGGUGUUUGACCUUGUUAUGGUUGCACACACCUCUGGUGGUAAGGAGAGGACUGAGAAUGAGUGGAAAAACAUAUUGAAAGAAGGAGGUUUUCCGCGUUACAAAGUCACCAAAAUCCCUGCCCUAACAUCCAUCAUUGAGGCAUAUCCACAGUGAACGUCCUUCAUAAAAUUUGCGUCAAACAUAAUUUCGUGGCUAGCUGUAAUGUGGGGUACUCGAUGAAUAAUAAGCUGUCGUUUGCUUUUUUUUUUUUUUUUCAUCGUAUAAUUUAUUACAAUUCUCGCACAUGAUUUGACUGUAUGGGACUUGCAUGUUUCGAUGGAUUUUACUAUUUAUA